AUAUAUAUACACACAUACAUUUCAAGAUUGCGAUCAAUAUAAAAGCCAAAACAGAAUAGAAGAAUAGGUGAAAAGAAAAUAAAAAGAAAAUGUAUGUGACCAGGCCUCUUUCUUUGUACAAAAGAGAUCCCUCAGCCCUUUCAUCACCACCUCCAGAAGGCCCAAAUUCUGGUAUUUUGGUAAUCCAAGAUGAAGAAGCUGAGCCUACUUGUUGUUUUGGAUUGUUCAAGAGCCAUCGAGUCAAGAACCUGCCUUUCCCUCAAAACAAGAAUCUUAAAGUUCUCUAUGACUCUGGUGGAGAGCACAAUCAUGUUUCGAUUAACCGUGUUCUUUUUAUUCCUGUGCUUAAUCUCCCACUUUCUUCCAAUCUGUACUACGUGAUUGAGCGAAAGGGAUCGGAUAAAGGGAAAGCAUAUUCAAGCUCAAAUGAUGAGGACAACAUGGAAAUGUGCUGCUUUGGUUGCUGUAUUUCUGAUAUGGAGCCACAGGCUUUGGAUCCGAGAGACAUAUAUGAACAAUUUGAGGUACAGAAAAGAGACUGGGGCGGCUAUGUUGCCAAGUCUGUAGCUCCAGAUGGCUAUCCUCCAAGAUUCUUAAGGAGAAAAGGAUGGCGAGUGUCAGCCUCAACUCCAUAUGAUUUCACGUUGAAUGAAGCACCAGGGCUUGACAGAAAUCUCCGUGCACGCCUGCCAGAUUUCAACUUCCCAUUAUCAGAAAAAACUUGUGCACCUGUAGUAGUAGGAAAAUGGUAUUGUCCUUUCAUGUUUAUCAAAGAACAAGGAAAGCUGAAGGGUCAGAUGAGUGGUUCAAGGUAUUAUACGAUGACACUAGAGCAAAGAUGGGAAAGAAUUUUUGAGUGUGAUAAUAUUGAAGGCAAGAACUCAGUGGCUGUGGAUGUUGUUGUUAAAAAAGAAGUGGUUGCAGUUGCAGGGAGGGAAGGUGUGUUGGAUGAAAAGAAUGUGGUUGAUGGUGGGGUGAUGUGGUUUAGGAGCAGUGAUGAUGGGGGAAGAGAAGCAAGUGUGGGAUUGAGUUUAGCAGUUGUUGAGAGAGUGAAGUGGGAGCAAGAAAGAGUGGGAUGGGAUGGUGGGAGAGAGAGGAGAGUGAGCGUGAAAAAAGUGGAGGAAUUCGGGGGAAUUGGUGAGCGGAAGAAAUUUGGAUGUUACGUGCUGGUUGAGAGGUUUGUACUGAGAAGAAUGGAUGGAAGCCUGGUGCUCAUAUGGGACUUCAACCACACCCACCAAAUUAGGAGCAAAUGGGAAUGAGAAUUUUUUUUUCGUUUAACGUCCAUAAAUAUUCCAUUUAUUUAUUCAUUUAAUGAUCAGUUUGGUAAUAAUGCAAUGCAUUCUUUAGAUUAAA